GUUUUGUCAGUCUGCCGCUCUGUGAGCCGUCACACAUUCUUUACUCCGUUGACGCCUCGGACACACCUCAGCCAACACAGCCAUGUGUGAUUUCUCGGAAGAUCAAAUCCUCGAGUUUAAGGAGACUUUCCUGCUCUUCGACAAGACAGGGGACGGCAAGGUCAGCUACUGCCAGUGUGGGGAUAUCAUGCGAGCCCUGGGACAGAACCCUGUCCAAGGUGAAGUGCUCAAGGUCCUGGGCAACCCUAAGACUGAGGAAAUGAGCACUAAGACUGUAGACUUUGAGCAGUUCCUGCCCAUGUUUCAGGACAUCUCUAAGAAUAAGGAUCAGGGGUCCAUGGAGGAUUUUGUUGAGGGACUGCGCGUCUUUGACAAGGAGGGCAACGGUACAGUAAUGGGAGCAGAGCUUCGCCACGUCCUCACCACGCUCGGUGAGAAAAUGACAGAGGAGGAAGUUGAGACACUUUUGGCGGGACACGAAGACGCAAACGGCUGCAUCAAUUAUGAAGUUUUUGUCCGUCACAUCAUGUCAGGCUGAGGGCGGAGCUGGUCAAGAUGGUCAUGAGCGGGUGAAGACCAAGAGCAUCCAACUGUUUCCUUUUUAACCUGUCACAUGUACCUUCUUUUUGAUGUUAGCGUCUACCCCCCUAGCCCUCCCUCCCAAUUUCCAUGGAUUUAUUUUCCACAUUUAAUUUAAAAAGUGCCUUUACAUUCCUCCCCCAAAAAACCCACAAAUGGCCCUGGCUAUUGCUGCCAGGUUCAUUCACAUAUGUGACCAACUUGUAUGCAUUCAGGAGUCUUAAUGCAUGUAUUGUUUGCAAUAACAUUCCGAGAUGCAGCACUCAAGGCGACAUACAAUUCUUAAAUAUACUGUAAUUAUUGAUACUAGUGUGUCAGUGAUGGAUGGGACAUUAAUAUAUUUAGUAUAUGCAGUAUAUGCAACUGUCAGCAGCCUACAGUAUCAUUGGCUUAGACUUGCUUUGGCUGAGGAAAGUGUUCCUGUGAUCCUGCAGUGUAUUGGUAUAUUGAAAGCCAUACUAUCAUGAGGUUGCAAGAAAUAUUUCUUUUGGGUUCCCAUGUUUUUAAUUCACCCCAAUUUUGUUGCUGCAUUUCAAUAAAUGUUCCUCCUAAAAGCUCA